AUUUGCCAACACAAAACUUUAUAACACCUCUUUCCAUCCUUAAUGCUGGAAUUCAAGACAAAACAGCAGAAACCAUGAAGCCCUCAUUAUGUAGUCUUUCAUUCUUCUGCCUUGCUUUCUUUCUUUUCCCGGUAUUGUCUUCUUCAACAGUGCUGUUCCAGGGAUUUACUUGGACUUCCAUAAAUCAGCAAGGAGGAUGGUGGAACUGGCUCUUAACCAAAGUCCCUGACUUGGCUAAUGCCGGAGUCACUCAUGUUUGGCUCCCACCAGCAUCCAAUGCCCGUGAUGGGGAUCCUCAAGGGUAUAUGCCAAAAAGGAUGUAUGAUUUGGAUACAUCAAAGUAUGGGAACAAGCAGGAACUGAAGAAGCUCAUUGACGCCUUUCAUGCCAGAGGCAUCAAAUGUGUUGCAGAUAUAGUCUUGAAUCACAGAGCUGGUGAGAGAGCCAACACUGAUGGCAAAAUAAACCUCUUUGAAGGUGGAACCCCUGAUACUAAGCUUGACUGGGGGCCAUCCGAAAUCUGCGGUGAUGAUACUGUGUUCGGUGGCACAGGGAAUCCCGAUACUGGGGAUCCCUGGGGGGAUGCGCCCGACAUUGAUCACCGCAGUCUAAAGGUUCAAACGGAGAUAUCGGAUUGGAUGAAUUGGUUGAAAUCUGAGGUCGGGUUCGAUGGUUGGAGAUUUGAUUUCGUCAAAGGUUAUGAUUUCGUAAAGGGCUUUGCUGCAGUUAAAAUUUAUAUGGACAACACGAAGCCGAACUUUGCGGUCGGAGAGUUAUGGAAUUCCCUCUCUCCCGGGAAAGUUCCGAAACCAGACUACAAUCAGGACGCUCAUCGCAACGAACUGGUGCAAUGGGUAAAGAACGCGGGAGGUGCGGCAACCGCGUUCGAUUUCACGACGAAAGGAAUCCUUCAAGCCGCUUUGAACUCAACCGAGCUCUGGAGAUUGAAAGAUUCAAACGGAAAGCCUUCCGGGAUGAUAGGAGUUCUGCCUCAGAAUGCGGUGACUUUCAUUGACAACCAUGACACUUGGUCACAGAAUCUAUGGCCUUUUACUACUGCCAACACAGAUGAGGAAAAUCACGCCAGAGUUGUUCAGGGAUAUGCUUAUAUCCUCACUCACCCCGGAAUUCCAUCAGUGUUUUACGACCAUUUCUUUGAUUGGGGGUUGAAGGAUCCCAUUUCCACACUGAUUUCAAUCAGGAAGAGGAAUGGUAUUACUGAAACAAGUGGGGUGGAGAUCUUGGCUGCCGAUGCUGAUCUUUACAUUGCAAAGAUCAAUGGGAAUGUAAUUGUCAAGAUUGGGCCAAAUGGUGAUCUUAAGAACCUUGUCCCGUCUAAUUAUGUGCUGGCUACGAGUGGAAAAGACUUUGCUGUUUGGGAGAAACCAACAUCAAGAAAUUAACCACCGUAUAGAAGAAGUAUAGCGUUCAAUCUACUUGAGAAUACUCACUCAUAUUUGCAAUCUUGUUUUGUAUGGAGUAUUUGAUAUCUCAACUGACAAAGAGUAAUGCAUUUAUCUACAAUCCCAUUAAUCAAUAAUGAUGCUUCUUUAUUAGCAUCUUAAAAUGACUGAUAUUUGUUCUGAUAUUUAAAAUUCUAUAAUAAUUAUUCAAGAAAUUAAACCCUUGGAGCCGAUGACAAUCAAGG